AUGGAUCAGACUAACGGUCAGCAUCAAGAUGCACUCGAUCUAUCCGGACCGCUUCUUUACCACGAUUUCCCCGGGCUCGGGUAUCUCAACCAGCCAGGGCUAUUUGAUGAGCCACUUCUCUACCAGUGGGGUGAUCUACACCGGCCCCAAUGCCUCGGCCCAUUUAUACUACUUGACCUCCCCGAGUCGCUUAGACCUGAGCAGUUGAAUCCCCCAAGACUAGAUAAUCAACCGCCAGUAGAGGUCAAUGAUCACCCUAUCGUUGAGCGCCGAAAUUCUCUCCAGGUUGGGCCGCUUGAGGAGGCACCGGAAUAUCUCAACCCACUGAGACUAUUCGAUUUACACUGGCCCGAGUAUCUCUACCCAUUUGAACCACUUGACCUACCGGAACCGCUUAGGCCCGAACAACUGAAUCCCAUUGGACCAGAGGAUCAACCGCUGGUAGUAAUUAUCGAUGAUCACCCUAUCGUUGAGCGCCAAGACCCUCCCCCAGCGGUCCCCGAGCUCUGCAACGGGAAAUGUAAAGGGAAUCUGAUCGGCCCCCACAAGUGUCAACGGCUCCAAAGAAGGCUUCACAUUACAUGUCUCAGUAACGACUGUACACAUGUGUUCACUACCAAGAAUGAUUUCAACCGUCACUGCAACACAAGGCAUGAGCUUAGGGAGUCACUGCUGGAUUGCACCUUUGCUGGUUGUAACAAGGUAGGUAGGAAUGGGUUCUCGAGAAGAGACAAUAUGUUGCAACAUUUGAGAGAAAAGCACAGCGUAGAGAUUCAGAGAACACGUUUCAGGAUUCGGGGCCCGAGACGUGGUGUUGAGGUCUAA